AUGCCACCAGGAAUGUAUUGCCCGGCAGAAUUUUGGUCGAAGGAAAGCAAUUACACCAUUCUUGUGGACUUCCUUUUACCCACCGGGAUUUACCUGCCCCUCCCUGUUUCCUGCCAUGCCAGCCUGGCCGCCAUCAAAAAGGUGGUCUGGCACCAGGCCCAGUAUGAGCCCUUCUUCCAGAUGCUCAGCGCCCCGGAUUCUUACGUCUUCACCUGCAUCAACCAAGCCGCAGAGCAGCAGGAACUUGAGGACGAGCAGAGACGCCUGUGUGACGUCCAGCCUUUCCUACCGGUCUUGCGACUGGUGGCCCGCGAAGGGGACCGGGCGAAGAAACUGCUCAAUUCCCAGAUUAGCCUGCUGAUUGGCAAAGGUUUGCAUGAGUUUGACUCCUUGGCGGACCCCGAGGUGGACGACUUCCGGGCUCAGAUGCAAGAUUACUGCGAGCAGAGAGCGGCUCAGCGCCAGCAGCUCACCUGGAAAGGCUGGAUGGAGUACAGCUUCCCAGUUCAGCUGGAGCCCACCCUGAGCGGCCUCGGGGGGAGACCAACCCUGACCGUGCCCGGCAAGACCAUUUUUGUCAACGUCAAAUUUCAAUCCGGAGGGGAGAGCUUCACUUUCCUGGUGUCCCUGAAGGAGUUCCCCGUCACUCUGAUGAGCUACGCCGUCAAGAAGCAAGCCACCAUCUUCCGUCACCAAAGGGUCAACCCCGUUGAGGAGUACACCUUGCAGGUGGAUGGGAAAUACGAAUACAUCUACGGGGAGUAUCCCCUGUACCUGUUUCAGUACAUCCGUGAGUGCCUCCACCGGCGUUUCGUCCCCCACCUCGUUAUGGUCCACAGAUCCUCUCUUCUGAUUUUGCGGGAAGAACAGAGCAAUGGGCUUGGGCAUCCUCCGAAAACAGCCCCCAAACUGUCUACGGGCCCGAAGCAGAAGUUAUCUCUGUGGUCCCUGGAACAGCCAUAUUAUAUAGAGCUCCUGCACUGCAGCAAAGUGAAUGCCGACGAAGGAUUGAAAUUGGUCGUGCAGGCCGGACUCUAUCACGGUCAUGAGAUGCUCUGCAAAAUGAUGACCAGCGCCGAAGCCAAUGUUUGCUCCGAGCCCACCUGGGAUCAGAUGUUGAAAUUCGACAUUAACGUCUGCGACCUGCCCCGUAUGGCGCGCCUCUGCCUGGCCCUCUACUCGGUGGUGGAAAAAGCCAAAAAAGCGAGGUCCACCAAGAAGAAAUCGAAAAAAGCCGACUGCCCGCUCGCCUGGGUGAACGUGAUGCUCUUUGAUUACCAAAAUCAGCUGAAAACCGGAGAAUGCGUCUUACCCAUGUGGUCAGCCUUCCCAGAUGAGAAAGGAGAAUUGUUAAACCCAACGGGCACGAUCCAGACCAAUCCCAACAGUGAGAGCGCUGCCACGCUUUUCAUCCGCUUCCCCGGUAUUUCGCUGUAUCCGAUCUACUAUCCUUCCACGAGACAGAUCUUAGAAAAGGGGCAGAAUGGCCACUGUGCCUGUGGGCCAGGAGAGGAUCCAGAAGAGAAACAGCAGCUGAAGGAGAUUCUGGAGCGCAGAUCUUGCAGCGAACUCUACGAACACGAGAAAGACCUGGUGUGGAAAAUGAGAUAUCAGAUUCGGGAUCAGUACCCGGGCGCUUUGGCCAAACUGCUCAUGGUAACCAAGUGGAAUAAACACGAGGAUGUUGCCCAGAUGGUAUCUUUGCUGCAAUCCUGGCCCGAGCUGCCCGUUCUGAGCGCCUUGGAGCUUUUAGAUUUCAAUUUCCCUGACCCUUACGUGAUCCGCUUCACCGUCAACUCCCUGAAAAAGCUGACAGAUGCCGAGUUGUUCCAGUAUCUCCUACAGCUGGUUCAGGUUCUGAAAUACCAGUCCUACUUAAACUGUGAAUUAACCAAGUUCCUUUUGGGCAGGGCCUUAUCCAACCGGAAGAUCGGCCAUUUCCUAUUUUGGCAUCUCAGAUCGGAAAUGCACUUCCCUUCGCUGGCUUUAAGGUUUGGCCUGAUCCUCGAGGCCUAUUGCCGAGGAAACGCUCAUCAUAUCAAAGCUCUGAUGAAACAGAGCGAAGCCCUCAACAAGCUGAGGGCCUUGAAUGACCUCAUCAAGGUCAGCGCUCAGAAAAACACCAAGCCACAAACCAAGGAAUUCAUGCAUACUUGUAUGCGCCAAGAGACUUACCAGGAGGCCCUCUCCAAUCUCCAGUCCCCUCUGGACCCCCGAAUCUUCCUGGCAAAAGUCAGUGUAGAGCUUUGCACCGUCAUGGAUUCCAAGAUGAAACCGCUGUGGGUUAUGUUUAACAACGGCGAGGCGGGAGGAAACAGCACCGGCUUGAUAUUCAAAAACGGGGAUGCCAACAUCCAACUCAACAAGAGCAACAUGGCAGCCACCGCCGCUUUCAACAAGGAUGCCCUCUUGAAUUGGCUGAAAUCCAAAAAUCCUGGUGAUGCUCUGGAGCAAGCCAUUGAGGAAUUCACCCUUUCAUGUGCUGGAUAUUGUGUUGCUACAUACGUGUUGGGGAUUGGAGACCGUCACAGCGACAACAUCAUGGUGCGAGAAAAUGGCCAGUUGUUCCAUAUUGAUUUCGGCCAUUUUCUGGGAAACUUCAAGACCAAAUUUGGGAUCAACCGCGAGCGGGUCCCUUUCAUUCUGACCUACGACUUUGUCCACGUGAUCCAGCAGGGGAAAACCAGCAACAGCGAGAAGUUUGAACGAUUCAGAGACUACUGUGAAACGGCUUACAUGAUCCUCCGAGGCCACGGCCUUCUCUUCUUACAUCUUUUCUCCUUGAUGAAAGCUGCUGGCUUGCCAGAGUUGAGUUGCUCUAAGGACAUCCAGUAUCUCAAGGACUCGUUGGCACUGGGGAAGACGGACGACGAGGCCCGGAAGCAAUUCCAGCUUAAAUUCAAUGAGGCCCUGCGGGAGAGCUGGAAGACCAAAGUCAACUGGCUGGCCCAUAACGUCUCCAAGGAUAACCGUCAGUAGGGGACCCUUGUCUCCCCCACUCCCAAGAGUCUUCCUUCCCAGCUCUCAGGAUGGAGCAGCUGGGCCUUCCACACCUUGCAUGAAACAGGCUGGACCGUUUUAAGCUGCCCAGAUGUGGAAGCUUGUAUUGCAAGAUGUCCUGCUUGGAAAGUCCCUGGAGAUAAGUCCUCUGCCAAGCGGGUGAUGGCCUGGGGCAAGGAUGAGGAACAGUGGCACCAUUGGGGCAACUGCGCGGUUUGAUGAUGUGCAUAUAUGUGUUAUAUGUGGGUGUGUGUGUAUGUGUGUGAGAUUCGUAUUUUAUACUGCUCAGAGGUACUUGACUCACUCACUGGUUGAGCUGAGGAAGUUGUAAGUUUUCGAGGGCUCCGGUGAUCCCUCCAAAGAGCUGGCCUCUUUAUGAAGAGAUGGGACUUUCUCACGAAACAUGUUGGUUUUUGCACAAAACGUCGAAUCCCAAAUUCCGGGUCUUGCGAGGCCAGGAACGGUCUUUUGAAAGAGGAGCCCUUGGUUGAGAAGUGAAGUUUUUGGCAGGAGGUGGAUGGUUGAGGAUAACACUCAUCCUGGUUUGUCGGAUGCAGAAAUGUCCUUACGAACUUUCAGUUACCUCUCUCGUCCAAAGCUACAGAUUACAUUGUCUUUAUAAAAAAAAAAAAACCCAAAAGAAUAAACAAACCUGGCCCCUUACCGAUAACCCUUUCCUUUUUUUUUAAAAGCCAGCUUUUCAAUAAAUU